UUUUUAAAUGUCAACUUAACGCUCAACGUGAUUCGCAUUUGUGUUUAUAUUCAAAACAAUAAUAACUUAAAUUAAUUUUUGUGACUGUGGUUGGUACAAAUCGUGAAAUCAUAUUUAAUUUCAAUACAUAAUAAAUACAGCGCCUCACCUGAUAGUUUUAAGCAGAAGUGGAAACAAUAAAAGCUAAAUAAUGUCGGAAAGUAAAUUAAAUAAUGUAAUGAAAAUAGAUGAAUAUAACGCAAUUGUUAAUGACUUCAAUAAACUGACAUCAUACAGCCGAAAAUCUGAAAAUGAACUGAAGAAGAAAUAUAAACAUUUACCGCAAUCUACUUUGGGUAGCAUAAUAUCGUCAUUAGUUCAGAGAUCAAUGAAACACAGUUACAGAAAAUCUCCGCAAAUAUCCAGCAAAUACCAUGAAUUCUAUGAAGGACUUAUGCGAGACAAGAGUAAAGAAAAUGUAAUUUUGCAGCUCUCGGACUGUCAAGGAAUAAGCCCUGCAUUGUUUGCAAGAUCUCUAUUACAAGGUGUAUAUUCCGACUCGUCUCUAGCCAAGAAAUGCAUCAAAGAUACAACUUUAAUUGAAGACAAGGACUUGGCUUACCAAGUCUUUAUGGGAAUUAUGAAUGACAACCAAUAUGGACCCUAUGCAGAUAUAAUAAAACAGUCAAUAGGAUUAGAAUAUGAACUCAGAUUGGAAAGGGAAUUAAGACUAAUGAAUAUAACAUUUUCUGAUGAAAGUGUUUUAAGGUCUCGUGGCUAUGAUAAAACUCCAGAUUUUAAGUUAGAUGUACCCAUUGCUGUAGAUGGUUUCAUUGUGAACUGGGUGGAGAGUAAAGCACUGUUUGGAGAUGAAGAAAAUCACUCUGGUUACCUAAAGGAACAGUUGACUUGCUACUGGAAUAGAUUCGGGCCCGGCCUAGUUAUAUACUGGUUUGGAUACUUAGAAACAUUGGAUUCAACACCAGAAGUUAACAACAUGUUCAUAUUACGGACCAGUUUUCCCGAAAAAUCUAGUAUUACACAGUAUAAAAUGGAUAUUUAAUUUUAGAAAUAAUAAAGCAAUUUAAUAUAAA